CCAACAGAAACGGUCUGCCAUCCACUGCCACGUUUUCAGCUAUUUGCAAACAUCCACUCCUGGUUGUUUUUAAAGGAAGAAGAUUGAAUUAGGCCCAGAUGAAGAACUCUUCCAGUCAAUUUAAGACCUUCCAGUUGAUUUUAGAGAGCAGGUCAGAAGAAAAAGUGGAAUAGACCACAUGAAGAAGCAGCCAAAGUUUGUUUUUUUGCAAGAUCUUAUUUGGAGGACCAAAUACACUUUUCCAGGCCAUUGGAGAUGAAAGAUUACUCGCAUAUUUUUGUUUCCUUGAAGUGUCACUGUGUACUUAAUAUUGCUUUAUGUUAAGGACAAAUGCUAAUUUCUUAAAGUCAGCAUGUCAACAAUAGCAAGUACUCAGACACUGGAGGAACCUAAUCCUCCCCUCCUUGAAGAAAAGCCAAAGGAGAAAGCAUUAUUUCAGUUGGGCUCGUUUUUUGCUAACAGGACUGAAAAAUUUGUAAUUGCUAGAAGUGAUAGUGUCCCUGAGGAGAAUGUCCUGAAAAUAACUAUCACAGAGACUACAGUCAUUGAAUCAGACUUGGGAAUCUGGAAUUCUCAUGCUCUCAUCUACCUCACUUUGUGGUUUUUCUUCAGCUUUUGCACUCUUUUUCUUAACAAAUAUAUCCUUUCAUUACUGGAAGGAGAGCCCAGCAUGCUAGGUGCUGUUCAAAUGCUUUCAACCACCUUCAUUGGCUGUAUUAAAAUGUUUGUUCCAUGCUGCUUGUACCAGCACAAAACACGCAUCUCGUAUCCACCAAAUUUCAUUAUGAUAAUGCUGUUUGUUGGAUUAAUGAGAUUUGCAACAGUAGUAUUAGGACUUGUCAGCUUGAAAAAUGUGGCCGUUUCAUUUGCAGAAACAGUUAAAAGCUCCGCACCUAUUUUUACUGUUAUUAUGUCUCGAAUGAUAUUGGGGGAAUACACUGGAUUGCUGGUUAAUCUCUCUCUCAUCCCUGUUAUGGGCGGGCUAGCUCUGUGUACAGCUACGGAAAUCAGUUUCAACAUUCUGGGUUUCUCAGCAGCUUUGUCUACUAAUAUCAUGGACUGCUUGCAAAAUGUCUUUUCAAAAAAACUGCUCAGUGGAGAUAAAUACAGAUUUUCAGCUCCAGAGCUUCAGUUCUAUACCAGCGCUGCCGCAGUGGUUAUGCUUAUUCCGGCUUGGAUUUUUUUCAUGGAUGUGCCAGUAAUUGGGAAAAGUGGAAGGAGCUUCAGCUACAAUCAAGAUGUCGUUGUACUUCUCUUAAUAGAUGGAGUCUUGUUCCACCUGCAAAGUGUUACAGCCUAUGCCUUGAUGGGAAAAAUUUCUCCCGUGACUUUCAGUGUUGCUAGUACUGUGAAGCAUGCACUAUCAAUCUGGCUAAGUAUUAUUGUGUUUGGUAACAAAAUCACCAGCCUCUCAGCCAUUGGGACUGUUUUAGUGACAGUUGGAGUCUUGCUAUAUAACAAGGCAAAGCAGCAUCAGCAAGAAACCAUACAAAGCCUGGCAGUUGCAGCCACGCAACCAGCAGAAAGUGCGACUGAGGAUACCGAGCCGCUAAUUUCCAAGGAUUUGAAACCAUAUGAUUGAUGUGGGCAUUUAUUCUUCCAAAAUAGAAUAACUCAAAGGAUCUCUCUGAAAGUGGUUAUUUCCUCAGCAGUCGUGAAUGAUUUGGUUCUUUUGAGUCCACAGCAAGUCAAGAUUGGGACUUGAAACAGAGAGAAAACAAUGGGAAGAAUCUAGUAAGUUGAUUUACUGAGAAACCAAUAUACUGAACAGGGGACCUAGUGUCAUAUAAUGUGAAAAUACAGGCUUUGUAAUCUUUUCUUGACUGAAAAUAAUAUACAAG